CUAUGGUCGGUCAGUCGGUCUUCAAAAAAGUGGUUUUGUUGGUAGGCGUUUGAAGUUUUACUUUGAAACUCAAUAUUAUAAACGAACUAUGUUAAACCAGUACUUAUUUUAAUAAUAUUCGGUUCUCCAUAUAUUUGCUUGUAAACAAGUGUGUAUGUUAAUAUCACAUGUAAUCUAAUAAAACCAAGACGACCUUUUUAAUUAUGUGGUUUGUACGUAGUUGGCGUUACAAUGUGGGAAUGCUUGAUGUUUUCACUAUCUUUCUACGUUAAAGUUCGUUACGGUUACGAUGCACCUGCAUCGAUGCAGAUUGCUGCAAUGAGUUGAGUGCACUGUGAUUAUGAAAUGAUUUGACGGGAAACCAAUCCUGUUAGUUGUUACGUUUGUACUUGCUAAUGGACAGCAGGUAAAUUUAUAAAACUGUAAAAAAGGAGUCAUCAGUCCCAAAAUGACUCAUACGUGUUUCACUGGCUGGCAGAUAAUGUUUUGUUUUUGUGGAAUUCCUGACUGAUGACAAUACAAAAAGGAUUUAGAAAAAAUAUCAGAUUUGUCUGUGACUCUGUGAUGUGAGGUGAUAGUUGUUCUAUUUUUGAAACUUAUUGGUGGGAAAAUUGAUAGUAUUCACAACUUUUCUGAAUGCUAUGUUGCAUUAAAAUGGCCCAAAACUCAGUGGAUUCAGAUCGAUUAUCAUCUGCUGGUAUAUCAACACAUAGUUCAGGAACUGCUGGAACAAUAGGAGGCUCUGUAGCUGGUGUCAGAGUGGUGGAUCCAAACCACAAGAUAGAUGAUGAUGAUGAAUUCAAGCUAGGAUCCCUACCGCCAAUGUGGGAGAAGGCAUUUACUCCAUCUGGAGAAGCAUACUUCAUUGACUACAACACCGGUACUUCUCACUGGUUGGACCCGAGACUGGCUCGGUUCCGGAAACAUUCCCUAGGUGAAUGCGGUGAGGAUGAGCUACCGUAUGGGUGGGAGAGGGUAUCGGACGAGCGAUAUGGGUCCUACUAUGUAGACCAUAUCAAUAGAAGAACACAGUAUGAGAAUCCGGUGCUGCAGGCGAGAAGACUACGUGCGGAGAAAUUAGCAGCAGAAAAUGGCGCAAGCAACCAAGCAAACGGUCCACCGGCCACGGGAGAGCUACGGGGGGAGAGGUUCAGCCUCACGCUCACAAAGGGGACUCAGGGACUCGGCUUCACGUUGAUCGGCGCUGAAGGCAUACCGGAGACGGAAGGGUACCUUCAAAUAAGGAGUAUCGUGCCGCACAGUCCCGCUUGGAUAGAUGGAGCGCUGCGGCCCGGCGACGUGGUGGUGGGCGUGGGCGCGCGCGGCGUGCGCGGGCUGGCGCACGCGCAGGUCGCGCAGAUCUUCCAGUCCAUCGCGCCCGGCACCGACGUCACUCUGCAUCUCGUUAGAGGUUACCCUCUAUCGUUCGACUCGGAGGACCCCAACACUCGCGUGCUGAGCACCCGCGCCGUGGACGCCGCGACGCCGGCCACUUCCGACGCCGUUGCUAUGCAGCAUCUCACCAGAGCGUUGCGGACGAGAUUCAACCUAGACUCCCCGGAGCAAUCGAACCCCGGGCUCGACGAGCCGGACGGCGCCCCGCGCAGCCCCGGCGCGCGCCGGCUGCUGUCCCGCUCGUUCGACCUGGACGGGGGGCCCGCGGACACCAGCCAGCCGCCGCCCAGGUGUCCCUCCGCUGACCAUCUGCUGUCUCUAGCUACAGAACAUCCGAGAAACAACAGUGAAGCAGGUCGCGAAUUGAUAUUAACCUUACGUCGGGGAGCUGCCGGCUUUGGGUUCACUAUCGCUGACAGUGUUCACGGGCAGAAAGUCAAAAAGGUAUUGGACAGGAGCCGCUGCGCAGGUCUUCGAGAAGGUGACCUGCUUCUACAAAUUGGCGACACAGAUGUUCGCCACUCUCCCCACCAACACGUCGUACAAGUAUUGAAGGAGUGUCCGGCGUUGCACGAGACGACACUGCGCGUGUGGCGACGCAACAACGCGAUAGCUCGUGCAAGAAGCAGAUCCGCCACCAGGGUGCCUCCGACACCUUCGGCGAAUAACAACCAACUGGGCAGGAGUAAAACGCCGACGGCCGAGCAACUGAGAAACCCGGCGAUGUCUCAGCAAGACAAUUUACGAGAGAGAUUGAAUGGAAUCAAUCCAGUGGAAGCCACAUACUCCGUCCCGCACAGCGGCGCGCGACCGAGCCUGAUGGAGCGGCGACGGCGGAGCAGCACGCCGGGCGGGCGGCUCACGUUGCCGGCCGUUACCACCUGGACAGAGCCUGAAACGCACCAGGUCGCUCCCUGGUCGGAACGGGAACAAAACGGGAACCAGUGGCAGGAGCGAGAGACAUGGGUGGACAACUCCAACAACGUCCGCAACUGGGCCGAGAACGCCCAACAAUGGGACCAGAACGGCCAGAAAUGGGACCAGAACGGGCAGAAAUGGGACCAGAACGGGCAGAAAUGGGACCAGAACGGGCAGAAAUGGGACCAGAACGGGCAGAAAUGGGACCAGAACGGCCAAAAGUGGGAAGAGAGUGAUCAGAAGUGGGACGCCGGUCACAGCAACGGUGUGCCAUGGGAGGGGAACGUGGAAUGGAACGGGAAUUGGGGGGAGGUUCCCACGCCUACUGUCCACGUGGAUAUGAAUGCCGCGUACUGGAGGGGCAACGCCAGUGUUGCCGAUAGCAGCGACAAUGGUGGGUUCCCGGAAGACGGUCUCCUGCACUCGCCGAGCACGACGGCAAUGGGCGGCCGUCACCAGUCACCUUCCACCAGCAGAAUGAGACCACACUCCCCGUCCAAUUCUACAGGUCGCCUCCGCAGUCAUUCCCCAUCUACGGCUAGUGCGACAGAGAGACUGUUAGCCAAUUCGCCUUCAACACGUUUACAAAGCCAAUCGCCUUCUAAUAAUUCAUCUAAUAGCAGGAUCAAAGGAUCGCCUAUGAGAAUGCGGCCCGGGUCACCGUCUCGUCGGAUGCAUUCACCGUCGUCGUGUCUCGACAACGAUUCUAUACAGCAACAGGGUGUCUACGUGCCUAACUAUCCACAGCAAAUGUACAUGGGCGGUUCUGUGGGAGGCGACCCGCUGGCGGACGUGGUGGUGCGGCUGUCGCGGGGCGCCGCGGGCUUCGGGUUCCGCAUCGUGGGCGGCACCGAGGACGGCAGCCGGGUGGCCGUGGGGCUCGUGGUGCCCGGCGGGCCGGCGGACGGGCUGCUGCGGCCCGGCGACCUGCUGACGUCGGUGGACGGCGCGCCGCUGGCGGGCGCCACGCACGCGCUCGCCGUCCAGCACGUGUGCCGGGCGGCGGCGCGCGGGCACGUAACACUCGGUGUACGUCACAAUCGCGCCGACAUCCAGCCAUUGGGAAUACCAAAUAUGGCGCCGCAUGCGCACCAACCUUUACUUGCUACUGACCCGUCUGUGCAUCAUUUGCCGCCAACUUCAUAUAACAUCCUGCAUCCGGCGCCGAUGUACCCUCCCACUUCACACGUCACUCCAGGGUACGGCGUACAAUACGACAAUUCCCGUGGCGGCUGGCCAGCGGUCCCCUAUGACGUCACAGUGACCAGGAGCGAAGGGGAAGGGUUCGGUUUUGUCGUGAUAUCCUCCACUAAUAAAGCCACCAGCACAAUCGGACAACUGAUACCCAACUCUCCAGCCUCCCGCUGUGGCCUUCUACACGUGGGGGACACCAUUCUGGCGAUAAACGGGACCCCCAUCAGGAAUCUGCCGCAUCCAGAAGUCGUAGCUCUCAUCAAACACUCGGGGACCACGGUCACGCUCACUGUGCUGCCUCCAAGCCAUUCUGACUGAGGCACAUCGACCCUGCACACUAUGGUGAUGAGACACAAGCAAAAUUUGGACAACCAUCUGUGACUAGUGAUAUUCAAGAGACCCUUUCGUCAAACACAGUCACCUGUCUGUGCUGCCUCCAAGCCAUUCUGACUGAGGCACAUCGACCCUGCACACUAUGGUGAUGAGACACUAGCAAAAUUUGGACAACCAUCUGUGACUAGUGAUAUUUAAGAGACCAAAAUUCUAAAUUUUUAUUCAUUAUUAUAGGAUACUUCAUAUCGCUUAAUAACUGUCAAAACGUUUGGUUUCACAACAUUGGUUGACGUCAAAUAAAUGACUUAAAACUAUGUUUACUGCCGUGUCCAAGGCGUCAGUGCAGAAGAAGCGGUAACAAACUGCACUGCACAUCGACCCUGCACCCUAUGGUGAUGAGACAAAAGCAUUUUGGACAACCAUCUGUGACUAGUGAUAUUCAAGAGACCCUUUUAUCAAACAGUCUCCUUUCUGUGCUGCCUCCAUACCAUUGUGACUGAGGCACAUCGACCCUGCACACUAUGGUGACGAGAUACAAGCAAAAUUUGGAGCACCAUCUGUGACUGACUAGUACAGUUUAAAAGACCCUUGCUCUCGUGAAAAACGGUCACCUCUGUGCGGUCUCCACUCCAUUCUGACUGAGGUACAUCGACCCUUCAUGCCAUUGUGACGAGGGGUGCUUUUAAUAUUCUUAUUAGUGAGAUCAAGACGUGAAGACGCAACCGGGACUCACACCAUAAAAAUAUGAAUAAUGAUGAUCUAUCGACGGACACCCAUCCAAAAAUUGCCACAAUUAGUGACCCUUAAACCAUAUAGUACAUACAUAUGGUCACGUCUAUAUCCCAUGCGGGGUAGACAGAGCCAACAGUCUUGAAGACUAAAUGGUAACCCAUAUAGUAAUUUUUGAUUAUAACAUGUACUUUUCUUCCUCUGGGCAUUAGUUCCGGUUACAUCUCACCUUUUUGGAGAGGAGCCCGGGGUGCGCCUUUACUACCAUGAUCCUGGAUUGGGUGAGUCUGUAUUUUACUAGAAGCGAGUCCCAUCUGAUCCCCGCAAUCUUUGCAGGAGAACCUUACCCGUAUUGGAGCAUGUUUACACAUCCAGUUGCCUGAAUGUGCAGGUUUCCUCACGAUGUUUUCUCUCAUCGUAAGAGCAUCGGUUAACCCUAAAACUGUACAUAACUCAGAAAAGAGUGUGAGUACAUGGACGAGGUAGGAUUUGAACCUGUGCCACUACACGCAUCACUUGCGAUUUUUAGUCGGGCACCUUAACCGGUUGACCACCGACUCUAAUAUUUUAAAAUAAAAUUGAGACAAAUUAAUGAAUUCAUAUUGAAGGUCUGACUUACUCUGUCGGGUCGGUUUUUUUUAUUAGUUAUAAAAAAAUAUGAAUAAAUUAAGAAAAGUAUAGCUUUAAUAUUGCCACUAAGAUUCGUUUAUAUUUAAGGAUAAUUGUUUAUGUAAUUCCGUCCAAUUUUAUUGAUAUCGUGCCUUCAGAUAGAUAAGUUUAAGGUUCAAAUCCAGUAUAAAGGAACCAGUGUUCUUAUUUUUAAUAAAUUUUACCUUCAAUGUUGCAUUAAGGUCUGAUGGACUGGAAUCUAAUUUUAUUAUAUUUUGUCAAUAUAAAUUGUAAGAAAAUAUCUCCAGUUGAAAUCUCGUUAUACAUGUUAUACUAAUAAUAAACUUAAAGUAUUGUUAAUUACUAUUUUUUUUUAAUCAGUAGUGUAGUCAAAUCUGUAGUCAAAUCAUUUUCUUCAUCAAUUAGUGUAGACCUUUGCUCAACUAAAUAUGUUUAAUUCGGGAUUGUUUUAAAUAUAAGAAUACAUGUUAUGACUAGAUUUUAAUAUUAACAAUGAAAGGAAUUGGUCACAAAAUUGAUGAUUAAUGUUGGAAGCCAUAAAUUAACUAAGGAAUUUUGAUUUCUUGAUGUAUGUGUAAAUAUUAUAUUACUUUAGAAUAUAACAUAAUAAUUAUGAUUAAGCCUUAUAUUUUAUUUAAGAUAAAUAAAUAUCGCGAAAUGAAAUCAAUUAUACAAAAA